AUGAACUCCCUACGCACCACUGCCGCCCGCACUGUCCGCAUCCCUCGCGCGCCUUUCGCGCCUGCUACACGUUGUCUGCACAUCACUAGCCCGCUGCGAUCCGGAACCGACAAGACACACGCUAAUGCCGACCCAAACUCUUCUUUCGUCCCAAAGAAAGUCCAAGAAAAGCUGCCUGAGGAGGUCGAGAAUGCGGUGCCCAAUACUGUACACGACACUUCCGACAACAAGUCGAAGAGCCAUGCAACUGGCCCGAGCGUAGUGCCAGAAUCCAUCCAGGAGGCCGCCCCUGAAAGUGUGGAAAGAGCAUUGCCGGAGAGUAUUCAUCCGACAGAAGGCAAGCAGGGUCGCUGA